CGGCAACGUGACGUAAUCACCGCGCGCCGCCCGCUUGCGUCAUCACGCCGCGACGCGUCUCCAUGGCGGCGGCGAGCACCGGGCCGUACCGCCGGGAGCGGAGCCUGCCCCUGCGGAGCAGCAGCUCGGCGCUGUACAACAACCUGGCCGUGCUGUGCGCCCCGGCCCGGGCCCCGGCCUUCGGGGCCGUGCACGGCACCACCCUCAGCCUGCUGGGCAGCGAGGGGCCCCCCCGGCAGCUGCAGGCGCGGGGAGGGGGCUCGGCCCUCAGCACCCCCCUGCUCACACAGGCCGCCUGGUGCGAGCUCCCGUCGCGGGUGCUGCUGGUGCUCACAUCCCAGCGCGGGGUCCAGAUGUACGACUCUGACGGCUCCACCAUGGUGUUCUGGCACGCACUGCACGUCCCGGAGCACCCGGCAGCACAUUCCGUGUUCGCCCGAGGCAUCUCCGCGGCCGGCGGCCGCUUCGUCUGCGUGGGGACGUCCUCUGGGGCCGUGCUGGUGUUCGACAUCCCCCCCAAGGGGACCAACGUGACGCUGAGCGAGGUCCUGGAGCAGCACCGGGACCCCAUCACCGACAUCGUGGCCGAGCAGGGCCAGGCCCCGGACGGGGCUGGGGACCUGGUGACAGCCGAUGACUCCGGGACCCUCUGCCUCUGGAGCACCGGGGAGGAGUUCACCCUGCUGGGGAAGAUCCCGGGAUCUGGCUGCACCUGCUCCUCGGUGGCGCUGUGGAACGGGAUCGUGGCCGCGGGCUACGGGAACGGGCAGAUCCGGCUGUGGGAGGCGGGCUCGGGGCGGAUCCGCGCCCAGGUGGGCGCCCACGCCCGCUGGAUCUACGCGCUCGACCUGGCACCGCUCACCGGCAAGCUGCUGUCGGGUGCAGAGGAUUCCUUUGUCCACGUCUGGAAGCUCAGCAGGAGCGCGGACACCGACGACAUUGAGAUCCAGCACUGCCACGCCGAGUGUGUGACGGACACGCAGGUUUGUGGCGCCCGCUUCUGUGACCCUGCCGGGGACACCUUCGCUGUCACCGGCUACGACCUGAGCGAGAUCCUCUGCUACGGCCCCGCCUGAGCCGGGGCUGCCGGGAACACCGGGAACACUGCUGGGAACGCCGGGACGCUCCGGCAGCGCGGCCGUGGGUGAGGGGUGAGCACAGACCCCUCCGGCUCCAUGUGGGGGGAGCCCAGCCAGGAUCCCCCCCUGCCCAAAGCCCUCCCGAGGGCUGGGAGCUGCCCCAGCUCCACCACCCCGAGGGGAUCCUCCCGUGGCUCCCAGCGUCUCCGGGAUCCUCCCGUGGCUUCCCGCCCUUCCCGGAGGGUGGCGUGGCUGGGAACAGACCUGGCUCAGACGGGAGGAUCCCGGCAAACCUGUGCUACCUGCUGCUCCGGCCGGGAGAGCCCCGAGCCCAGCCCAGCGUCCCGGGGUGGAUCCUGCAUCCCAACCCGACUCAGGAUCCCCGAUCCCCAUGGGAUGCUGCAGUCCCAUGGCCGCUGGCCAGAUGUUUGAGGCCCCAGCUGUGCUCCGGGGCUGGAUACAGCAGCUGCAGCUGGACCCCAGGGAUGUCCCCAGGUCCCCUCCAGGCCCCCUGACUGUCCCUGACCCCCCCAUGGGAGCUGAGGUGACCCCAGGGAUGUCCCCAGGUCCCCUCCAGGCCCUCUGACUGUCCCUGACCCCCCCCAUGGGAGCUGAGGUGACCCCAGGGAUGUCCCCAGGUCCCCUCCAGGCCCCCUGACUGUCCCUGACCCCCCCAUGGGAGCUGAGGUGACCCCAGGCUCUGCUCCCAGGGCCCUGCAAGGCCGGGAGGGGGGAAUGGGGGCCCAGCCCUGGAGCCGGGGGGGCUCAGCCUGGGACAGGCCCUAAGGUGGGGGGACCCCACCCAUAAAUGACCCCACCCUGUAUGUCCCACUCGUGCUCCCCCAGUGUGUGGGUCAGGCUCCCCCACUUCUGAUCGCCCCCCAUGUGCUCUGUAACCCCCCCUCAAUAAAUAC